AUGGCAAGAAAGAAGGGAAGGCAUACAAGUGUCGGUAGCAGCAAGGGUGAUCGUGAUGAUCAUGGUGACGGUAGAGACAACCAGUUGAAUCCACCUCCGAGCUCACAGCCACCAUAUCCGGGAACAGAGCACCAGGUGCCAAAUCCAGCCGCCAUGUUUAGUGUGCUUGAUUAUGGAGCCAACGGGGAUGGUGUCGCAGAUGACACCAAGGCUUUUGAGGCUGCAUGGGCUGCUGCGUGCAAGGUGGAAGGAUCAGUUUUGAUUGUUCCAGCUGAGUUUGAGUUCCUUGUAGGCCCCAUCUCCUUUUCUGGACCUUCUUGUGGGCCAAACAUUGUGUUCCAGUUAGAUGGAACAAUUUUGGCCCCAGCUGAUUCCCGAAGUUGGGGAUCUGGCCUACUCUGGUGGAUUGAGUUCACGAAACUGCAAGGAAUAACAAUUCGUGGUAGUGGAGUCAUAGAAGGACGAGGCAGCAUAUGGUGGACGAGCACAGAGUCUAAUGUUCAUCCAAGCGACGAUGAGCUCAGUCUGAAGUUGGUGGAGAUCAAGCCAACUGCUCUGCGGUUCUAUGGGAGUUAUAAUGUAACAAUAACUGGCAUCACAAUCCAAAACAGUCCACAAUGCCACCUGAAGUUUGAUAAUUGUGAAGCAGUCCAGGUCUUCAACAUGACAAUUAAUUCACCUGGCACAAGCCUCAACACAGAUGGAAUACAUCUGCAAAAUUCAAGGGAUGUCAUGAUUCAUCAUACCAACAUGAGCUGUGGUGACGACUGUGUCUCUAUCCAAACAGGAUGCACAAACAUCAACAUCCACAGUGUAGACUGUGGUCCUGGUCAUGGAAUCAGCAUUGGUGGCCUUGGAAGAGACAACAUGAAAGCAUGUGUUUCUAAUAUAACUGUAAGAGACAUCAACGUGCACAACACAACGAAUGGUGUCAGAAUCAAGACCUGGCAGGGUGGAUCAGGAUCUGUUCAAAGUGUAACAUUCUCAAACAUAAGAGUAUCCGAAGUCCAGACUCCGAUUGUCAUUGACCAAUUUUACUGUGAUAGAUCUUCAUGUAAAAACCAGACAUCAGCCGUAGCCCUGUCAGGAAUUGCCUAUGAGAACAUCAGAGGGACAUACACAGUGAAACCAGUGCACUUUGCAUGCAGUGAUGCUUCUCCAUGUUCAGACAUCAGUAUAACUGGGAUCGAGCUUCAACCACUACAAGAACAGUAUCACAUGUAUGAACCAUUUUGUUGGAAGGCCUUUGGGGAAUUGUAUCCUCCAACUGUCCCUCCAAUUGUCUGCUUGCAGAGUGGAAAACCAGCCAGCAACCGCAUCUUGUCUGACCAUGGCAUGUGUUGA